AUGGAGACAUCACCACUUCAUCUUCUCCAGGCUCGCGGCCCAGUCACCGUCGUAGCAAGUGCUCCGACAUUCCCUCCCUACACUUCUCCGGGCUUGACUGCCAACCUAGUUUGUCGAGUCUUGCUCGCCGUUGUGGCCAACUUGGUCUGCCUCGUUCCGCUUCGCCUGCUGUACCGCAACGGCGAGCUUGCCGCAGUAGUGUUUAUCCUGAAUACCCAGAUUAAGAACCUCGAGACCAUCAUAAACGCACUCAUCUGGCGCAACGACGACAUCAUGUCAUGGUGGGCUGGCUAUGGCUGGUGUGAUUUCGACGCCUACAUCCACAACAUCAGCAUCGGGCUUUUUGUUACCUGUCUGCUGGCCAUUAUGCGCAACCUGGCGCAACAAGUUGGUUUGAUGAGAGCCAAUGCGCUUACAACGAGGGAGAGGCGUCGCCGCAACUUGAUCCAGGCGCUCAUCAUCUUCCCCUUUCCCAUCCUCCAGCUCGCAUUGACUUGGCCACUUACAGCCCAGCGCUAUUUGGUUGGCACGCUGAUGGGUUGCAACUGGAUACCGCAUCCCUCUUGGCCAUUUCUUAUCUUCUUUGUUUUGCCGCCUCCAAUCUUUGCCUUGAUUACCACGGGAUAUGCUGUCCUUAUUUACAAGAGAUUUCGACAAGUUCACAAGACGACCGAAACGGCUCUCUGCGGCAACCGCAUAGCACAGCAGAGGAGCCAGCGAACAAGAAGAAAGCUCUAUCUCAUGGUCAUUUCGAUUCUCGUUCCGUUUCUCCCCAUAGUCAUUGCACUGUCCGUACUCAACAUUAUGGACAUGCAUGGCAUCAAGCCAUACAGCUACGAUCAAGUUCAUAACCAUGCUUCCCCAUUCCCAUGGAACACAAUCAUUUUCUUUCCUUCAAGUGAGAUCAGUUGGACCUACAUGAACAACUGCUACAUCCCAAUUGCCACCGCCAUUCCUAUUUUUGUCUUUUUCGGUCUCACCAAGGAUGCCAUCAACGACUACCGGCAGGUUCUCCUCUUCUUUGGCUUCGGUGCCAUCUUUCCAGGUCUACACAACGAGUAUGAUCCCGACAGAACCGUGACUACGAGCGGAGGCUCCUUUGGAUCUGGCCGCCUUCAGCAAACGCUGACUAGCAUGCCAUCAAAGGCCGAGAUUCCCACCUCGUCCAAUCCGUCCAGCCAGACCGUGUCCUUGGGAAUCGAAGGUUCGUUGAGUCACGAAUCGAGACAACCAGGUCCGCAUUUCUCCAUGGAGAUUGAGCCAGCCACUCAACCUACCAGGCUCCCUGGUAAUAAUCCCUUCCUAUUCCGUACUCGCCAUACCACUACUGUACCGCCAUCUCUACGACGAUGGUUCCAGGUGAAGAAAAGCCAGCAAAAUGCUGAGAUUGUAUCACAUCUGGGUCCAGUUCAUUUAGGUUCGCCUUUGACGAAAGCCUGUCGUGAACCAGGUCUGUCCGAAGCUAAUGUCCAGACGACAGUUUGGUGUGGGGAUGGAGGCGAGUCCGGGCCAUCUCAGUCUGUCCGAAUUGUCAGGAAGGCAGCACCUAGGAGUGUCCACGUUCAAACAGCGGUGUCACGAAAGACCGAAACUAUCACAAACUAA